AUGGAAGAUUUGGAGUAUGGAAAUACACCUCCAGAUAUUGUUCAGAAAGCAUCCGAUGUACUUUUGCUCGUAACUUUACAAGUUGCUUACAUCAGUACGGGAUCUUUUGGAGGAGGAAAAGAACAUGUCCAUAUUAGAGUUCACGUGCCAGUACAAGAAGUCCACCACAAAGAAGUGAUUAAAAUACACGAUCAUGGUGGAGGAGGAGGAGGGCACGGAGGGGGCGGACAUGGAGGAGGAGGAGGAUACGGUGGAGGAUUUGGAGGAGGCUUCGGAGGCGGUCACGAUGAAGGAGGUUUUGAUGAACACCAUGGAGGUGGAGGAUUUGGAGGAGGCGGUGGAUUUGGAGGAGGUGGUGGAUAUGGAGGAGGUGGUGGAUUUGGAGGUUCUGAUGAUCACCAUGGUGGAGGAGGAGGAGGAUUCGACGAACAUCACGGUGGUGGAGGAGGAUUUGGUGGAGGCGGAUUCGGCGGUGGUUUUGGAGGAGGUCAUGGCGGAGGCGGUGGAGGCGGUGGUCAUACGAUUAUCAUAAAUGGAGUGGGUGGAGGUCAUGGAGGUGGAUACGGAGGAGGUGGAGGAUACGGAGGAGGAGGUGGAGGAUUUGACGGUGGCCAUGAUCACCAUGGAGGGGGUAGUGAUUUUGGAGGAGGCGGUGGUUUCGGAGGAGGUGGCGGAUAUGGAGGAGGUGGUGGAUACGGAGGAGGUGGUGGAUUCGGAGGUGGACACGGCGGAGGCGGAGGCGGAGGAAACUCAUUUGUUGGAGUUAUACACGGCCAUUUAAGUGAUGGCGGUAAUGGAGGAGGCCACGGAGGUGGAUAUGGAGGAGGAGGAGGUCACGGAGGGGGAUAUGGAGGCGGAGAUCACGGUGGUGGAUUUGGAGGAGGUGGAUAUGGAAGCAGUGGUCAUGGAGAUGGAGGCUACGGAGGAGGCGGUGGAGGAGGAGGAGGUGGUGCAGUAGGAUUCGUAGGCGUUAUUCAUGAUCAUUUAGGAGGUAGUGGACAUGGAGGAGGUGAUGGUUUUGGAGGCGGUUUUGGAGGAGGCUAUGGGGGAGGGGGUGGCCAUGGUGAUCAUGGUGGUCAUGGAGGAUAUGAUUGA